AUGAAAGCAGUCCUGGGGGCUCUACCAACAUAUUCUAUGUCAUGUUUCUUGCUUCCUCAGGAAGUCAUAAGGAAGAUAUCCUCUACAAUGGCCAAUUUCUGGUGGAAUUCAAACAGCAACAAAGCCAAAAGCAUCCAUUGGAAAGCCUGGGAUAAGUUGACACUUCCUAAAAAGCUGGGUGGCUUAGGGUUCCAUGACUUGAACACCUUCAACAGAGCUCUAAUCACAAAACAGUUAUGGAGACUCCUAACACAUCCUAACCUUCUAGUCAGCAAAAUACUCAAGGCUAAAUAUUUCCCAAAAGAGGAUUUCUUCACAGCCAAAAAGAAGAGUAACAGUUCAUGGCUUUGGGCAUGUUGGCUCAAACAAAGGGAUUCAUUCAAAAGUGGUAUAAGAUAUUCAAUCAGAGAUGGCAAACGUGUGAAAAUCUGGGAUCAUCCAUGGGUGCCUAACCUGAAAGGGAAAAAGCUUCAGCACAGAAACACCUCUGGGAGUAGAAUAGUCUGGGCCAAGGAUUUAAUGGAAGAUUCAGGGAGAAGAUGGAAUAGAGCUCUGAUUGAGGAAAACUUCACAGAAGAAGAGGCCAAAGCCAUCAUGGAAAUCACAGGACUGGAUCCACAUCAGAAAGACAGACUAGUGUGGGAUUGGUCUUCUACUGGCAAGUUCUCAGUUGCCUCAUCUUACUCCACUCUUAUCCUGAGGAAAUUUUUGGAGCAAGACUCACCAGAAGCCAGCCAGGAUCAAAGCGCACUUAGAAAAGCAAGAAUGAGAACAUGGAGGAUGAAAAUCAAGCCAAAAGUGAAGCACUUUCUUUGGAAAGGGAGCAUAUGUUCUUCCAUUGCAAUAGAGCAAAACUCAUUUGGAAGCUUGCACCGGUGA